UUUAAAUGUUAGACCUUUCCUGAAACAAUUUGUUGUUGGAAGUUUCAAGGAUUUGGGUGCUCAAUUAAGGAUUUUGGCCUCUCCUCAUUCCUUUGAUUUUGGCCUAGAUGAUUAUGUUUCCUCAUUUUGGGAAGAUUUCUCUGGGUAUUUUGAUAUUUGUCCUGAUAGAAGGAAACCUUCCAUCAUUAACAGCACAAACCUACUUACCUUCAGAAGAGAUCCAAGAACCCAGGAGUGCAGUUUCUUUUCUCCUGACUGACUCGGAAUCCACAGACCCUUCUCUAUCAACUGAAAAGAGAGGACCUCUGGACCACAGAGAAGCCGAGAGACAGUGGUUGCUCAGAAGAAGGCGAUCUCUGUUUCCUAAUGGUGUGAAAAUCUGCCCAGAUGAAAGUGUUUCAGAGGCUGUGGCAAACCAUGUGAAAUAUUUUAAAGUCCGAGUGUGUCAGGAAGCUGUCUGGGAAGCCUUCAGGACUUUUUGGGAUCGACUUCCUGGGCGUGAGGAAUAUCGUUACUGGAUGAAUUUGUGUGAGGAUGGAGUCACAACGAUAUUUGAAAUGGCCGCAAAUUUUAGUCAGUCUGUGGAACACAGAGACUUAAUUAUGAAGAAACUGACGUACACAAAGGAAACUGUAAGCAGCCCUGAAUUGUCAUCUCCGGUUCCUGUUGGUGAUACCUCAACAUUGGGAAGUGCUGUUCUCAGUGUUCCAUACCCAGGGGUGACCUCUUAUGAAGGUGCUUCAGAGAGCAGCUUGGAGAGGCCGGAGGAGAGCAUUAGCAAUGAAAUUGAGAAUGUGAUAGAAGAAUCCACAAAACCAGCAGCUGAGCAGAUUGCAGAAUUCAGUAUCCACCUUUUAGGGGAGCAAUACAAGGAAGAACUACAGGAUCCCUCCAGCUUCCACCAUCAGCAUCUUGUAGAAGAGUUUGUUUCAGAGGUUGAAAAUGCAUUUUCUGGGUUACCAGGCUACAAGGACAUUCGUGUACUUGACUUUAGGUCCCCCAAGGACAAUGGCAGUGGCAUAGAUGUUCACUAUGCAGUUACCUUCAACGGUGAGGCCAUCAGCAAUACCACCUGGGACCUAAUUAGCCUUCACUCCAACAAGGUGGAAAACCAUGGUCUUGUGGAAUUGGAUGAUAAGCCCACCGCUGUUUAUACAAUUAGUAACUUCAGAGAUUAUAUUGCUGAGACACUGCACCAGAAUUUCUUGCUGGGGAACUCCUCUUUGAAUCCAGAUCCUGCCUCCCUUCAGCUUAUCAGUGUGAGAGGAGUUUCGCUUCCCCAAACUGAAGACCUAGUUUGGAACACCCAGCGUUCACGUCUUCAGGCAACCCCACCAUCUAUUCUGGAUAAUACCCUUCAAGCUGAAUGGCUCUCAGCAGAUGAAUCCACCACCAGAAGUAUUUCACCACUUGAUUUCAGCUCUGGUCCUCCCUUAGCCACUGGCAGGGAACUCUGGUCAGAGAGCCCUUUGGGUGAUUUAAUGUCUACACCCAAAUUAGCCUUUUCCUCCAAGGUGGGCCUCAGUUCUUCCACAGAAGUGUUAGAGGUUAGCAGCUUGACUCUUCAUUCUGUCACCCCAGCAGUGUUUCAGACUGGCUUGCCUGUGGCUUCUGAGGAAGGGACUUCUGGAUCUCACUUAUUAGGAGAUGGAUUACCCAAAGUUGAAGAGUUAGAAGAUUUUCUUUCUAUUGAUCCAUUGCCUUCAAGUUCAUUCACUCAUCCUGUGCCAAAAGAAACAGUACCAUCCAUGGAAGACUCUGGGGUGUCUUUGACAUCCUCACCGUAUCUGGUCUCCUCUGUCACAUUAGAUCGUCCUGAUAAAGAAAGAACUACACCUUUUGGCUUGGACUCUUUGGCCUCCAAAGUCAAAGGCGAAUUAGAAGUGAGCACUUUGAUGCCAGACACAUCCAUGGAAAAAGAGUUCAUAUUUGAGAGUGGUUUAGGUUCAGGGUCUGGGCAAAAGGUAAAUCUGAUUACUUGGCCAUGGAAUGAGACUUCAUUAGAGAAGAGCAUCGAACCACUGUCCAAGUCAUGGCUUGAAGAUGAGGAUUCACUUUUGCCAAGUGAGGGUGUAGAUGAGAAGCUAGUUAUAGAUGACAAAAUAGAUUCCACAGACCAAAGUAUUGAACAUUCAAAAUAUGGGCCUUUUGAUAGAACCCCAAGCUUUGCAGAGGAAGGGCCCCUUGGUGGACCUACUGUGCCCAUCUUUGCAGCAGAGACCACAACUCAAUCAUCUCUAAUUCUCUCCAAACACACAUCAGAGGUAUCUGACAUUGAUCAUUACUCAGUUGCCAAAGCACCUUCUCUACUGACAUCUAUAGCAAUCUCUGCUCCUACUGAAAAGCCAGAUCAGGUAGAAACUUUUCUAAAAGACCACAUGGAACAAACUACAGAGUCAUCCAACCGUGAAUGGUUUGACAGCAAGGUUUCAAUAGUGAAGCCAGGUAUGCAAACUUUGUGGACCAUGUUGCCAGAAUCAGAUGUAGUUUGGGCAAGAACUUCUUCCCUAGAGAAAUUGUCCAGAGACACAUUGGCAAGUACACCGCAAGGUACUGACAAGCUCUGGUUGAAAGCUUCCCUGACACAGUCUACCAAAUUGCCUCCAACCACAAGCUCCACCCUGCUGGAGGAUGAGGUAAUUACGGGUGUACAGGAUAUUUCGCUAGAACUGGACCGGAUGGGCACAGAUUACUAUCAGCCUGAGCUAAGCCCAGAGGAAAACAGCAAGGUUGAUAGUUAUAUGGAACUGUCUACAAAUGUUCACUCCACAGAGGUGGCUGUUGUGGCUUGGCCCACAAAAGGAAGUGACUUGAGUCAUAACCAGACCACAGGAGCUUUGGUGGUUUUCUUCAGCCUCCGAGUGACUAACAUGAUGUUUUCAGAAGACCUGUUUAAUAAAAACUCUUUGGAGUAUAAAGCCCUGGAGCAAAGAUUCUUAGAAUUGCUGGUUCCCUAUCUCCAGUCAAAUCUCACAGGGUUCCAGAAUUUAGAAAUCCUGAACUUCAGAAAUGGCAGUAUUGUGGUGAAUAGCCGAAUGAAGUUUGCCAAGUCUGUCCCUCCCAACGUCAACAAUGCUGUGUACAUGAUUCUGGAAGACUUUUGCAUCACUGCCUACCAAACCAUGAACUUGGCUAUUGAUAAAUACUCCCUUGAUGUGGAAUCAGGUGAUGAAGCCAACCCUUGCAAGUUUCAGGCAUGCAAUGAAUUUUCUGAGUGUUUGGUCAACCCCUGGAGUGGAGAAGCAGAGUGCAGAUGCUACCCUGGGUACCAGAGUGUGAAGGAACUGCCCUGUCAGAGUCUCUGUGACCUACAGCCUGACUUCUGCCUGAAUGAUGGAAAGUGUGACAUUAUACCCGGGCAUGGGGCCAUUUGUAGGUGCCGGGUGGGUGAGAACUGGUGGUACCGAGGGGAGCACUGUGAGGAGUUUGUGUCCGAGCCCUGGGUGAUCGGCAUCGCCGUCGCCUCCCUGGUUGGACUUCUUCUCAUCUCUUCUGCUGUCAUCUUCUUCCUCGUCAGGACUCUUCAAACUCAGCAUGUUAGGAGAGAAAGAAAGAGGCCCUUCAGCAGGCAGCCUGACAGCCUCUCAUCCAUUGAAAAUGCUGUGAAGUCCAACCCCAUGUACGAAAGCCACAUGGCCGGACUCGAGCAGUACCAGGGAGCCCAUCCUCAGCGUCCCUUCUGCAGCUCAGCAGGCAGGGAGGUGAUUGGUGGUCUGAGCAGGGAGGAAAUCAGACAACUGUAUGACAACAGCCAGCUUUCCAGAGAGGAAAUUCAAGAAAGAAUGAGAAUUUUGGAACUAUAUGCCAGUGAUCCUAGGUUUGCGGCAUUUGUGAGACAACAUCAAAUGGAAGAGCUUUAACCAAAACUUCUAUUUUGAAACUGAUUAGAAGCCUAGAGAAGACGGAGAUCACUUGUUACCUAUGUCAUGUAAUUAACCUGGACUUUGAACUCUGUUGGAAGAAGAGUUUUCUAUUAAAAAAAUUAAUUUGGGGGACAAAUUUUUUUUUCUAGCCUAAAAUUUCAGAAUGUAGUAAGAGAUGUGACAAUUUUUAUACCUACAAAGACCAAAAGCUGUAUUUAAAGAAAUUCAAAACUUUAUGAUUUCUAGAAAGUAUUCUGCAAGAAAAAAGCCGGGCCUGGGAGUUGGGGCUGCACUUGCUGUUGCUUCGGGGUCUCUGAGGGCGUCUCUUAAUGCCUGUGCCUCAGGCUGCCCAGCAGAGAGAUGAGGUGAGACUUCCAGAAGGAGGCCGAGUGAUUAUUCUGUAGCAUGUUUGUUAUUGUCAGCUGGAAGGAGAAGAUUUGAAGUAGUUUUAAUAUAGUUUAUAGGCAGACAUUCAUCUAAAUAAAAUAUGAGUUUUUUUUGAUCAAGCUGUUGAAGAAAAAGCAAUCUUUUUGCUGCAGUAUAGAUUUAGGUGUGUACUUUAUGCUUCUACCCGAGUUUUGAGUUUCUUGAGCAUAUUAAUCAAGACCACAUUAUUGUUAAGUAUGUUAAUAUCCUAUUUUUUUAGUUGUCAAGGACAAUACAUAUGUAUAAAGUUUACAGGGCUCCAGUUAGACUGAAGACGAAUUUAAUCACAUGGACGGAGAAACCGUGGGUGUGGGGUCAAACCCACAGGGCUGAGAAUACAUUUUGCUGAUUGAUGAGUGAACCAAGUCAGAACUAAUGGGUUCCCUGACUCUGCUUCUGAUAUCUGAAGAGGUCCUAGGCGAAUCCUGGCCACUCUAGUUCCUGGUAUAUUAAUUUGGAAAACAGCACUUAACUACCUCAUAUGUAAUAAGUUAGCUUGUUUGUAUCGCUUCUGCUUUGUGUAAUAUCUCAUGUCUAAAUUAAUUUCUGUUUAUAUAAAACAUGACAGUUUUAUUGCAGUUAAAUUUUUAAAAAUUUUAUAGGUAGGAAAAGUCUACGUACAUCUUAUAUAAAUUUUAACUGAAAAUGGGAGUUUUCUUCUGUCCUAGUACUUUUUGAAUGGGUAGCUAUGGAGGGGGCAAGGAGAGAACCAAAUAAUCAUCAUUACUAAUAUUAAGUUGCAUAUGCAAAUGAGUUGUUAUUGACACAGGUAUUUUAUGUCAGAUGUCUUUAUGUUAGCCCAAAACGAUCUUGAACAUUUUGAUUUCUUUCUGACCAGAUAUAACUAAUCAGGGGUAGAUUGACCAUAAGAUAAAAUACUUGGUUCACUUAUUUUUUUUUUUCAAUUUGAUGACUGCCAAUUUCACUCAUUAUGAGGACACCAUAAAUCUCUGGGCCGAGUACAUGCCACAGUAAAGCUAUUGAAAGCCUUGAGGAUAUCCAGGUAUUCUGCAAAGUAUGUAUGGGUAACACGGAUUGUGUGUGUGUGUGUGUAGGUAGGUAGGUAGGUAGGUCUUUUCCUUACCUCAGUAUUGUCUUCCAUUCCUUACUCACAUCACAGAUUCUCUGUAGGUUCAGCAUAGGGACAAGCCACUGCUGGGACAUUUUCCACUGGGCCCAUUUGGAAGGUAAUUGAUAAUUGUUUUUAAAGCAUUAUAAAUGUUAAUGACAUUUGUCACUACUAAAUGCUUAAUUUUAUUUGUAAGACUUCCGCAGAUUUCUCUUUAAGAUUUUAAACUUUUUUUCCUAAACUUACUUGUGUUAGAUGAAAAAAAAAAUUUGUUUUUAUCACAGAUGAACCCUAGAAUGCAACCUUUUGCAUGUCUGCUUUCUGGCAGAGUUCUAGAUGGACAUAAAGGGACUCUAGAGCAGGUCACCAUGUGCAACACUUAGAAGAAGCACCAACUGAGCCAAAGGACGAUUGUUGUUUUCCGGAAGCCAAACAGUGACGGGGGAAUUUGAGAAUUCUGACACGUGUCUGUCUCUGAUUUCCUUUUAUAUGACCUUUUCAUGCCAGAGCAGAGCUGUUAGCUCUACAUGAGUGUCUGCUCCACACCUGCUAAAUGGAAGAGGAAAGGAACUCCUGUGCUCUCAGUUCAGGAACAAGACUCUCACCCUGGCUCUGGUACAGCUGAACCCCAAUGAGAAACAUGGAGCAGGCAGAUUCCGCAGGGAAGAUCCACUGAAGUGCAAAUUUAAAGGGCUAAAAGGGCUACCCAUCAGACAGACUACCCCAACAGAGCUUCUUUUUGAAAGAGCUUUCCCCAAGGUGAUUUAAUGGCGGGUAGUCAUUGAAAAGUAUUAGGCUGUGUGAUUGAGGAAUGAAAUGAUCUGAUUAUUAGGACAUUCUCAUUAACUUAGCAAUAUAAUAUUUAAUAAAACUAUCACCUUAUUUAAAAACAAUAAAAUGCAGUUAGCACUAAAAGUGUGUGGUAAAUAACUAACUUUUUUGGGGGGUAUAUGAGAUGCUUUAGAGUCUUGUAGAUGUAGCCUUUAUAAUUGAGUGAACCUCCACGAUUCUUAUUUUCAUGGGUUCUGGAUAAAGGAGGAUUUAUUUGAUAACUAAAUAGGACUCCAUUUCCACCAUGGCAGUGAUUUAAAGGUAUUAGAUCACGUUUUGUGCCCUGAAGUCCCAUUACUUACCUAAUAAAACAAAUGCGAUUUACCUGAUUUUAUUGCCCCCUCUUCUUCGCUUUUCCUGCGGUUUCUGGUCACCAGGGCUUGGCUGCUCCCCACCCCCUGCUUUUUGACCACAGUGAAUUGUCAUGUAGUUGAACAACCCUGACUUCAUAUUACUUCUGACAAAAGGAUGGAAACUGCACAAAUAUUCUUUGUAGCCUCCAAAAAUAUGCUCCUCAAAUGUGAUACCUGGUUUAGUUAUUCAUUUGCAUGCUUGUUUUCUAGGUCUGCCUUCUAUUUUAUGAUUUAUAGGCAGCUGGUAUCUUUGUGUCAUUUCCAUGUUUUCAAUAAUGGAUACUUUGACAUCCAUCAGCCUGUAAAUUGAAUUUUCACUUUGAAAUGGGAAGAGAAGGCAACAACUUUAUUCCAUAAGGAAACAGCUGAUUUAGGAGAAUAAUUUAUCUUUAUUAAAUUGAGAUAUUUUAGCCAAGAAAAAUAUGGGUCAUUUUUUUUUCUAAGAUGUUUCUAAUAAUUCCCAGUAGGAACGGGUGGGGCCAGCCUUCCUCGUUUGUAAUCCAGCUGCAGUGAGUCAUAGAUCCUAGCUCAUUCUAUUCCCAAGUGUGUAAUAAAUGCAGAAUAAUGGUGUGAAGGUCACAUUCCUCAGAUCAAUUGCAUUGUGUUCUACAACAGAUCCUGAUUGGAGGUGGAAAAGUGGGAGGGAACCAGAAAGUAAUAGAUGAUUUCAAGAAUCUGCCUGGAAAUUUCCCUGACUUGUGUAUUUCGUAAAACAUUGCACUACUUCUGUGAGUUAAUAAAGACCCAGGGUAGACCACUCCCCUCAGGAUAGAAAGAUACAGGUGGAAACACUCCCCUCAGCCACACAGUUACAGCUACAGCCUAGGUGAAAUGAUUCCUCAUCCUGGCUUUUUUUCCUCUCACUUAUAUUUAAUUACAUUUUUAGAGAUUAAGGGCAUAAAUAGGAAAAAAGUAACUAUAAUAUUAGAAAAUAAAGGUCUAAUUAUUUAUAUAUCAGGACUAUGUGAUGAUUCUGAAGCGAUCAUGUACAUACACGAUAUAUGUUCAGUAUGGAGUAUGGGUAAUGAAGGACUUGUCGUUUUCAUCGUAUUUGUGACAUUUUACCUAAGGUAUGGCUCAGAUAAGUUCACGUUACUUUACUGUUUUCCUGAAAUGUUCUAGUCUUAGUACUAGCUAAUUAGAAAUAAAAAUUUAAAAGUCUUCAUGUAUAUAAAAGGGUCUUUCUUUUCUCAUGUAUAUAAUUGUGCCAUUUUCAUUAUUAAUAAACUUCCCUUUCGAGAACCUCCCUACAUUUUCUUGUCAAUGAGAAGACAACAGUGUGGAUUUUAGCAACAACUGAGUUGUAAUUACCAUUCAAAUACACACACAAUGAGAGCAUGAUGUGGAAAUGAAAAUCAUUCCUCCAUUAAUCUUUGUGUGGUGAGGAUGAGGAGAAGUGGAGACCAACCUAGAGCCCAGUUG